AUGGAAACCCACCUUGUGGCAGAAAGCACAAAAGAGGAUGAAAAAAAGCCAAUGAAAAAUCCAUUUAAGGUCCCAACAGAUACUGAACUUUUCUCAAUGAGGGACAAGGAAAUUAAGAAGGCGCAGGAGGAACGUGAAAAGAGGAAGACUAUGAAAGUCCAUGAGAAAACUACUUACUCCACUAAAAUGAAGGCAAAAAGUGGGUUGAGGAAAGCUUUGAAAAGGGAGGAAGAAGAGGAGAACAGAAAAGAGGCGACAUGUGAAGAGAGACUGAAAUAUCUUCAGGAGAUGCUUUCACGGAAGUUAGCCAUGAAAAAAGAUUAUAAAUUCGACAGGGAGACCUUCCAUGGCUACCUACAGGACAGAAAACAGAUCUUUUUUCUUGAGCAUACCAUUGCAGUAAAGAGAGGGGAGAUUGAAAAGAUGGAGAGCAUAACAAAGGAUGAGGAAAGAAAGCUGGAAAAGGCUGAGAGAAGGAUGGAGAAGGACGCUGCCAUGUUUGAUGCCUUCCUGAAGGAGAACCACAAUAACUCUGUGGAAGCACUGAGAAAAGCCAAAAGAGAAACCUCAGCAAAGACGAAGAAAAUAACAGAGAUCCAGGGACUCACAACUGAAAUAAAGAAAAUCCAAAGUGAGAUCUCCAGAUUUGAGGACACCCUGCAGGAGUACAAGAUGUACAGGGACAUCCUCUACCAGCUAUCUCCAAAGGAGUGGCAGGAGGAGCACAGAAAAAGGCACAAAAAAGAAAAGGAUAAGGAAACAGAACCCAGGAAUGAAGGAAGUGCUUCACAAACCUCCACCACAGAGCAGGGUGAGUGCCAGCAGAGACAGGGUCCCAGUGCCCACAGUGUCACUUUCACGGACAUUCCGAGUUCCCUGCUGUUCUCAGAGAGUUUGGAUUUCAGGGCACGCGAUGUCAGGCCACAGCUUAAACACUUCCUGAAGCCUCUUCUAUCAAGAGACCUAAGUUCACUGGAGGAUGCAGAGAGCGAAAUCAGCUCGGACGAAGAUGAGGAGCCUGAGCUCUACUUCACUGAUCCUGAACAAUUGCUUAACACUUUCAUGGAGAUGCUGGAUGAGAACUUAUCCUUUCUCCUGAACUCCCGGGAUAUUGCAGAGAGUUGGAACAAGGUCCAACAGACUUUCAUCACCACACGUGAAAGCAUGGAGAAGGAGCUGGCAGCGCUGAAAGAGCAGGUGAACACCCUCCGAGCCUCCGUGGCCAAGGAAGAGGAGAAAGUAGCCGAGCUGAAGCUCAAAGUUCAGCUCUUUUCCUGUGGAGAACACGAAGGUGAUGACCAGGACAAAAUGCUCACAAGCCUGAACAAGAAGGUGCAGGAAGUCUAUUUCCAGUGCACUGGAGACAAUGAGGCAAACCUGCCAACAGUAGAGAUGUUAAAGGUCAUAGAAAAACAGCUCAAUGAUUUACUGGACAGUGUGGAGAGAAUCCCAGCAGCAAAGAUAGAAAAGGCUGUGAAAGACAUAAGAAAGGAACAGAGGGCAAGGCUCAGAGAGGAAAAGCAGAAACAAGCGAGGCAGCAGCAGGAUGAAGGAUUGAAAAGGGACAUGGAAAGAUCACAGGUACCUGAAGAAAAAAAGGUAAGUGCAAGGGUCUGUGGAAACACCUCACCUCAACAGCUCACUUUGGAGAAGCUGGGGGUACCUGAAUAUCAAGUGGUUAAGGGAAAAGUAUUCUUAAGGGGCCUCCAUAGCUGUGUGGGGAUGGCACCUACAGCCAGGUGUAGCCCAAUUUACAGGAGUGAUGCAACUUAG